AUGCUAAUCUUGAGCCCAGGAACGCUUUUCUGCGCAGCUCUUUUUCUAAGAAUUGGAUUCUUCCUCUAUGGCAUGUACCAGGACGAGCAUUUCGACGUUAAAUACACCGAUAUCGACUAUUUUGUGUUCCAUGAUGCAGCAAAGUACGUCUUCGAUGGAUUGUCGCCCUUUUUGCGGGAUACUUACCGCUACACACCACUUUUGAGCUGGCUUCUGGUACCCAACCAUUACUUACAAUGGGUUCAUUUUGGUAAGAUGCUAUUCGUCUUGUCCGAUUUGCUGACGGGAGCACUGAUUUUGAAACUACUAGACUCCCAGACGCAACGUAAACGGCUAACGCUGAGCUCGCUGUGGCUUUUGAAUUUCAUGGUUAUUACGAUCAGCACGCGCGGGAACGCCGAGAGUGUGUUGUGCUUCUUGAUCCUGCUCUCGUUGUACUGCUUGCGCUGCGAACAGUACGUGCUCUCGGGUCUCGUUUACGGUUUGGCCAUACAUUUCAAGAUCUACCCAAUCAUCUACAGCGUCCCGAUCGCCGUGUUCAUAUAUUUCAACCGCAAGGCUGGGUUCGGAGCGCUGAUGAAAAUUGGGCUGUCCACGCUUGUCUCGCUGGGGGGAUGCUGCUACUGGAUGUACCAUCUUUACGGGUACGAAUUUAUCGACCAGGCGUACUUGUACCACAUGUAUCGCACAGACCAUAGACACAACUUUUCCGUGUUCCACAUGCUGCUGUACUUCGAAUCUGCAUUGCCCUACACAUCUUAUGGCCCUCAAGUGGCCUUUUUGCCCCAAGCUGUCGUAACUUUGGCGCUUUCUGCAUUAGUGCUGCGCAACCGCAGCUUCCUCAAUCUGCUUUCAGUGCUAUUCGUACAGACCUACGCCUUUGUCACCUUCAACAAAGUGUGCACGUCCCAGUAUUUCAUUUGGUAUCUGAUCUUUUUGCCCUUUUUCCUAGCGAGAACUCACAUUUCCAAAAGCAAGGGCCUUUGCAUGACUACGUCGUGGGUCGGAACACAAGCUUUCUGGCUAUUACAAGGCUAUUUACUCGAGUUCAAGGGCCAAAAUGUGUUCUUUCCCGGUCUGUUUUUGGCCAGUGUGUUGUUUUUCCUGGCAAACGUCUGGAUCUUGGACCAAUUCGUUCAAGACCUGGCUCACACGAAUGCUCGCGUUCAGGAGAAGAAGAUCAAGUAG